CGUCGGACUUGUAUCACGUGGCCGGUGUCAGAGUGACUUUGGUUCUAAUCACUCGGGAUCAGCUGCUGUUAUUGAGUUUCGAAGCAGGGACGUGAGUGUUGGUCGUGAAGUCUUAUCAGAAACUACAACAAAGAAAUAUCUACGUCUGUAGGAAUCAGCGGAAAUGUACAACAGCAUGCUGGAGGAGUUCGAUGAGGACCCAUUCUUUUCGGAUCCAUUCCGUGCUCAUAGAGAGCACAUGAGGCGGAUGAUGCGCAGUUUCUCCGAACCAUUUGGUUCCCACUUUAGCACACGCAUCACAGAUGGGAGAAACCGUGGACGGGAUGUGGCCGAACUUCCGAGGCCUUUGUUUGAUCGAAGAAACGAGCGUCGGGACAUGAGCCAGUCAUUGUUGCCUUUUGGCAGCACCGGCAGCACGGACAUGAUGCAGAACCAUGCCAGCAUGUUUGACAACAUGAUGUCCAACAUGAGAACAAGCAUGGAAGAAAUGAGAAGAGGCUUUGACGUGCCACCAGCUGCAAACGCCCACUCAUUCAGGUCAUCAUCGGUAAUGUCAUUUUCAAAAGUUGGAGAUGAGCCUCCAAAGGUCUUCCAGGCGACUACGUCGACUCGCUGCGCCCCGGGAGGAAUAAAGGAGACACGUCAAGCUGUUAAAGACUCCGAAAGCGGUCUGGAGAAGAUGAAAAUUGGACACCAAAUCAAGGACAGACGGCAUGUUGUUGAGAAGAGGCACAACAGGCAAACUGGAGAGAAAGAGUUUAAACAGGAUUUCGUGAAUAUGGAUGAAUCUGAAGCAGGCUCUUUUGACAAUGAAUGGCAGCAGAAGGUAUCCAGGCUUCUGUCACCAGUCCACAUGCCUGGCCCAAUGCAGCGUCAGCUUGGUAGUCCUGAGCAUCCCCGUAGAGGUCAUCUUAAGAGAAAGGCUGGACGUCAAGGCUCAGGCAACACCAACGAGUACGAAUACUGAUGCCUCUGUGCUUGCGUGUAAUUAAAGCCACUUACACACCUCGCAGUUUAAAGUGGUGCCUUCCCCCCCGAACCCCAGAAACACACAACACAUGAAACGGAGAAAGAAUCUAUUAUAGCUGGACACAAAAUGUUAUGUCGCACAUAUCUGUUCUUUGACGCACACACCGUAGUGUAUGUUACAGAUGCUUCCUUGUUCCAUCACAUCUGGUUUAAACUGAUGAAUAAUUAUCAAGCCUCUAAAAGACUUGAUGUCAGUCUAUAGAGCUUCUUUUCAGGUAUAACUGAAACAGUAAUAUGACUACAGGAGCGCUAACUAAGCAGAUCAGAGUACCGUACUUUGAGUUCCUGUUUAGUUCCAAGCCACAAAGCAAAAUAAAUCAACAGACGAUCUGAUGGAAGUAAAAGACUGCAUUUAUGGCCCAGUAGUAUUAUUUUGAAGUUUAUAUCACAAACUUCUAUCCCAUUAACUUCAAUGAAAUCCAAAAUAUUGGGAUUUAAUAUAAGCCAACACAAAGUAUUACAUAAUUGUGUCAUGAUUACGUUGACAACCCUGAAGGAAAUCCAGCGUAACCAAUCGUCUUCAGGGUUCACCUCAUUAGUAAAAAAAAAAAAAAGACUCCACCUGUGUAUGAUUUAAUCUUAGUAUGAAUGGAGAUGUUCUAUGAAGGCCAAUGAGGUUUGUUAGAGAGCAUUAGUGAGCAAGCAGCAUCACGAAGACGAAAGGAACAGCAAGUCAGGGAUAAAGCUGAGGAGAAGUUUAAAACAGGAUGAGGUUAUAAAGCAAUAUCUCAAGCUUUGAACAUGUAACAUGUACACAUCAUUCCCACCAUGAAACCACAUUAUGCUGCGUCACCAGCAUUUUUGUCAGGAAAUCUGAAAAAUAGAAUUUUGCACGUCGUGUAGACAUGAUCUUUUUAGCUUAUAAAAAGGUAACAAUGUUCAUACUUGCUUUGUUGUAAAAUAUAGCAAUGCACAUAGAA